UUUUACCUCUAUAACAGUCGUAUAUCCAUAUACACUGUGAUCGAAAACGUAGGGUCCAUCACAAGGUACAGAUUGAUUGUUGAUUAACAUAUCACAUGAAUCGUAUGUGUGAUCUCUUCAGGAAGCCUGCAUCUGGAAGAAUAGGUUGAUCUAUUUGGUGGGUUAUAGCAUAGGCGCAUUAAGGAAUUCUAAGAGCAAUUAUCCUUGUGACAAUUGAAGAACGGGGGUUGGGUACAUCUAGGGAACGCCUCACGAAUCAGAACUAUCAAGGUAACAAAUAUAACCACCAGUGUCUAUAACCAAGAAUAGAACAUGAUCAUACUUGUAACACUAAAUUUUCCAGUACAUUUUGAUUUCUAACAAAAUAAAGCAACAUUCUACAAUAUAUGAGAGUUGCAUGAUAAAUAUACGAAUAUGUAUUAUAUAGUAAUCAGGGAGAAAAAAGACCAAGACACACCCGCCUUAUCAGAAGUAGUCAGAAAUGCAUACUUAUCGAAUGUCUCCCAUUCAUGGCAAAACGCUUUGUUUAGUGAGGUAACAUUCCAGAUGAUUAUAAUUACCAGUGCCUUAUUGUUCAUAGUUCUUGGUGUGCCUCUAUUAUACUGCCUUAUAGCUAUUCCUAUUGUAAUUUUUGGAACAUACAUUUUAAUCUAUGGCACAGUUUUAAUGAAAGUAGCACAGCUUUUGUAUGAAAAGAAGGAGCUAAAAUGCUGGGUAGCAGAAGCUUAUGAACCUUUAUUUUUCACAAAAAAUCCAAAGGGAUGUUGGUACAAGAUAUUGACAUCAGAGGAAUUCCAAAAUCAAGAGAAACCUGAAUCAUGUAGGAAAAAAAUUGUAGGAACAGUUUCAAUAAUGAAACAUUUCCAAAGAGAAGAUUGGGCAUGGCUGUUCAGAUUAGCUGUUGACAAAAGUUAUAGAAGAAAAGGUAUUGCGUUAAAACUAGUAAAAGUUGUACAAGAGUGGUGUAGUGAUAAUCAAUUCAACAAUAUUGAGCUAGUCAUGACAGAAUGCCAAGAGGGUGCUAGACAACUAUUUGAUGAUGCAGGAUUUGAAAUAAAACAACUAUAUCACAAAAAACUAUUUACGAGUGCUGUCACAUUGCAAAUGUUUCAACUGAGAUGUACAGUUCGACGAAUAUUUUAGACCAAGCAUUUUAUGUAUGUGUUCCUAAUUUUAUCGAUUCAUAGAUCUUUACUCAAAUACCGAUUAAGUAUUAUUUACUAAUAUACCUAUUAAUCAAUUCAUUAAAGCUUUCAUACAAG